CAUAAAUAAGUUUUGAUUGUUUUCCUUGUUUCUUGCUACCCUCAUUGCCUGGGCCUAUCUUUUGCGAAAGACUGGCCGGGGAACAGAGAUCGGAGACCAGAGACUGGAUAAGGGGAGAGGCUUAUAGGAGGCAUGGGAACAUAUGCAGUGGAUGCUGAUGACCUUACAAUUUAUGGGGAAGAGGAAUGGGGUGAUGGGGUGAAAAACAUGUCCUCCAUCUGCAUGUCUUUUUCAAUGAUUCAUUCAGAUGGCUUUUUCUCACACUCCAACCCUCUCCAUUACUCGGUUCCUCUUCUUCUUCUUCAAUUUGCUCUUGCUUCCUCUGCCAUUCUCUUAACUUCCCAGCUUCUCAAGCCUCUCUCCCAACCCAUCUUUGUCUCCCAAAUCUUGGGUGGUAUAAUACUAGGUCCAUCGGUUCUCAGCCGGAGUUCUGCAUUUCUAAAGAAUUUCUUCCCGCUCAGAGGCUUUGUGGUGCUGGAUAUCCUCUCUUCAAUUGGAUACAUGUUAUGCUUCUUCCUCAUUGGAGUACAAACCGAUCCAUGGAUACUAAUGAAAAUCAACAAGACAUCGUCUACCAUUGGAUUUUUCACAGUUGCUGUUCCAAUGUUCAUAACACAGGCCUAUUCUUAUAUCAUACCAAAAAUCCUACCAGUAGAAACCACCAUAGCCAACUUCCUCCCAGCAAUAGCUCAAGCAGAAUCCGUGCUCUCCUUCCCAACCAUUGCUUUCUUCCUCUCCGAGCUCAGGAUCUUAAAUUCCGACUUUGGCAAAUUGGCAAUGUCUUCGUCUGUGGUCAGUGGGCUGUUCAGUUUCCUUCUUACAACGUUAGCCGUUUUGUCACAUCAAUCUAUAGGUGACAAUUUCAAGAUGCUAGCAACCAUUUCUACUGGUGUUCUUGUUGCGGUUGUCAUUGUUUUUGCUGUUCGCCCUGCAGUUUUAUGGAUGAUAAAGAAGAAUCCACCUGGGGAAAUAUUGAAGGAGAGCCACAUCAUUGCAUUGCUGGUGGGGGUGUUGGUUACUGGGUUUUGCUGUCAAGCAACUGGCUUACACAUUUACUACGGGCCUCUCAUUCUCGGCAUUACCAUUCCAGCAGGGCCACCGCUAGGCUCUGCUCUAAUGGAGAAGCUUGAAUUUUCAACAUCCUGGAUUUUAAUGCCCAUCUUCUUUGUCAAAAAUGGGAUGAUGAUAGACAUCUUUGAUAUCAAAUUCGGUAACUUCAUGAUUGUGCUAUCCCUGGCCCUCCUCGGUGCUUUGGGGAAGUUCAUUGGAGCCUUUAUCACUUCACUUCUUUCUGGUAUGCCAUUAAUGGAUGCCAUCACGCUUAGCCUUGUCCUGAUUGCCCAAGGCCUUAUGGAGCUUGGCUUGUUUAAGAUGUCAAAGUAUAACAAGGCUGAAGACAAGGAAACAUUUACGAUAAUGUGCAUAUCCAUGUUGAUUAUAACAGGAAUUCUCUCACCACUGGUUAAACAGCUUUAUGAUCCUUCAAGGAGGUAUGCAGCUUACGGGAGAAGAAGUGUUAUGCAAUCAAAGUGGGAACCGGAGCUCCGGGUACUAGUCUGCUUACAUGAUCACCAUGAUGUCCCUACUGCAAUUGACCUCCUUGAGGCCUUACAUCCCAUCAAAAGAUGCCCUCUUGCUAUCUACCUUCUCCAUCAAAUAGAGCUUGUUGGUCGUGCAACUCCACUUUUCAUCUCCCACAAACUCUCCAAGAGGCCAUCUUCAAUUGCAGGUCCCUCAGAACAAGUUAUCAAUGCCUUCAGAUGCUAUGAGGAAAGCAGAAAUGGCAUUGUCUCAGUUCACCCCUUUACUGCAAUGUCUCCGGGUGUCACAAUGCAUGAUGAUAUAUGCUUCCUUGCACUUGACAAAAGGACUUCCCUUGCCAUAAUUCCUUUCUACAAGCUAGUCCGGUCUGAUGGUACAAUAGAUUCUUAUAGGAAUGCAGGCAAGAUCAUGAACAAAAAUGUUAUCAAUCAGGCACCCUGCUCUGUUGCAAUCCUUGUCAACCGUGGGUUCUUGAAGACUCCAAGGCUAAGCUUGCCAAGUUGGUCUUUAUACCGAGUUGCUAUUCUCUUCCUUGGUGGAGAUGAUGACCGUGAGGCACUGGCUAUAGCAGAACGGAUGUGUGGGCAUUCAAAGAUCAGGUUAACGUUGAUUCGCCUUGUAAGCGGAAAUUAUAUGAAUGAAAAUGCAGAGAGGAGGGCUGAUAACGAGUCACUGAGCGAGUUUAGACACUGCAUGGAGGGAAACUAUAGGGUUAUGUACAUAGAAGAAGUAGUGAUGGAUGGUUCAGGGACAAUAGCUGUGAUUCGUUCCAUGGAAAACAGUUAUGACCUAGUCUUAGUGGGAAAAAAUCAUGACCCAGAGUCGCCACUUGUAUCCGGGCUUAAAGAUUGGAAUGAGCAACCAGAGCUGGGAGAAAUUGGAGAUAUUCUUAUUUCAGCAGAUUUUAUGGGCAACACCACAAUUUUAGUAGUGCAGCAACAACCAAGCAAAGUAGAGAAGCAAGGCAAUGAGAAGUGCAAGAACUUACUCGAAGAAUGUUUGGUUGGGGAUGACAAGAUACCAUUUUGAAGUAUCUAUAUAGUGUCCACCACAUUGUCAUUAAUGUAAUGCUCAAUGUAGGUGUUUUGUAGAAAAUAUAAAACCAAACAUUUUUCUACCA